AUGCAUCUUGUUACGCUGAGCACAUGCAACCUCAACCAGUGGGCGCUGGACUUUGAGGGGAACACAGACAGAAUUAUCCGCAGUAUCCAUGAGGCCAAGAGAGCUGGCGCGAAACUGCGAGUCGGCCCAGAACUGGAAGUCUCCGGCUAUGACUGUCUGGAUCACUUUCUUGAGGGCGACCUCUAUCUUCACUGCUGGCAACAGAUGUACCGUAUCCUGACGGACACGUCAUGCUUUGGCAUCCUUCUGGAUAUUGGCAUGCCCGUUCUGCAUCGCGGCAACCGCUUCAACUGCCGCGUCCUCGCCAUAGACGGCAAGAUCAUCAUGAUCCGUCCCAAACUGUUCCUGGCAGCCGACGGUAACUACCGCGAGAACCGCUACUUUAUUGCCUGGCAUGGACCUCGCCAUGUCGAGGAGUACUACCUGCCGCCCAUGAUGCAGGACCUGCAGGGCUCGAUCAAGGUCCCGAUCGGUGACGCCGUCAUCAGCACGCCAGACACCUGCCUCGGUGCCGAGACGUGCGAAGAACUGUUUACUUUACAGCCAAACUCCCCUCAUAUCGGUAUGGGCCUUUCGGGUACCGAGAUCUUUACAAACAGCUCCGGUUCUCACCACAGCUUGAGAAAGCUUGACAUCCGUGUCUCGCUCAUUCUUGAAGCGACCCGCAAGAACGGCGGUGUCUAUCUGUAUUCCAACUGCCGCGGCGCAGGUGGAGAGCGUCUCUACUACGUUGUUCCUCGCCAUAUGCAAAACCGCGAAGCACAGCUACUUACACACGCAUUUUUCUUGGCACAGAAAGACGUGGAGGUCAUCACGGCUACAGUAGACCUGGAAGAGGUCCGGUCGUACCGUUUCACGCCGUCCCGUGGCAUGCAGGCAAUGCAGGCCCCGGCGUACCAGCGCAUCGAGGUCGGUUUCAGCCUGGCAGACAACAACCCUGGCCUGGCCCCUACCAAGUCUCAACUGCCACGGUACCACCUCCCAGAGGAAGAGAUCGCACUCGGCCCUGCCUGCUACCUGUACGACUACCUCCGCCGGUCGGGUGCGUCCGGCUUUCUUUUGCCGCUCAGUGGUGGCAUCGACAGCUGCUCAACGGCUGUGAUUGUCUUCAGCAUGUGCCGACUGGCCAUGGCAGCGGUUGCCGAGGGGAACGAGACAGUGAUUGCCGAUGUCAAGCGGUUGUGCCGACACGCCAAGGAAUUUCCAAAAACUCCGGAAGAAUUUUGCAACAACAUCAUGCACACCAUCUACAUGGGCAUGAAGACGCAGUCUAGCAAGGAGACACGGCAGCGGGCCGAGUUCCUCGCGCGUGACAUUGGCAGCCACCAUACCGACAUCAACAUUGACAACGCCUUCCACUCGUUCAAGGGCCUCCUCACAGAUGCUACAGGCUUUGAGCCAAAGUUCAAGGUCUACGGUGGUGGCAAUACGGAGAACCUGAGUGUGCUAACGGAAUUGGCCACCAGUGCUCUCCAAAAUAUCCAGGCGCGGUCCCGCAUGGUCGCGGCCUACGAGUUUGCACAGCUACUGCCGACUGUGCGCUUCGGCGAGGGUGCGGGCGGUCUGCUUGUACUUGGCUCUGCCAAUGUUGACGAAUGCCUCCGUGGCUAUCUCACGAAAUACGAUUGUUCGAGCGCCGAUAUCAAUCCCAUUGGAUCCAUCUCGAAGAAGGACCUCAAGCGGUUUAUUGCAUGGGCCGAGAAGGAGUUCAAGCUGCCCAUCCUAGGCGAGUUCUUGAAUGCCGUCCCAACGGCCGAACUUGAGCCCAUUACGGGAGACUAUGUCCAGUCCGACGAAGCGGACAUGGGCAUGACUUACGACGACCUCUCCACGUUUGGCGUGCUCCGGAAAGAGAUGAAGCUGGGCCCCUACUACAUGUUCCAGAAGCUUGUGCAUGACUGGAAGGAAGAGCGCGGUCUCGAGCCCCGCCAGGUGGCCGAGAAGGUCAAGAAGUUCUUUGCCUUUUACGCCAUCAACCGCCACAAGAUGACUACGAUGACGCCGUCCGUGCAUAUGGAGACAUACUCGCCCGACGACAACCGCUUCGACCAUCGGCCGUUCCUGUACCCACGCAUGUGGGACAACUGGUCCUUCAAGAUGAUUGACCAGGACGUCGAGCGCAUGGAGGCGGCGCAGCUGGAGUCGCGUGAAGCCGCGCAGGCCAGCAGCCACGGCGACAACUGA